AUGCCACAGUUUUCUCCCAACUUUCCGUGUCCUGCCUCGGUCUAUCAGAGUUCUUCUCAGCAGGUGAUGACUUUCUCCCAGGCCAACCAGCAGUGUUCUCCUGGAGGACUGUACAGCAGCUUCAACAACCAGAGUUUAUUUACACAGCAGCAGAUCCACACUCCACACAGCCAGGAGACACAACCAAAAACCUUCCCCAAGCCCAUCUACUCCUACAGCUGCCUGAUUGCUAUGGCUCUGAAGAACAGUAAGACAGGAAGCCUCCCAGUGAGUGAGAUCUACAGCUUCAUGAAGGAGCACUUCCCGUACUUUAAGACGGCACCAGACGGCUGGAAGAACUCCGUACGGCACAACCUGUCACUGAAUAAAUGCUUCGAGAAAGUGGAGAACAAGAUGAGCGGCUCGUCGAGGAAGGGCUGCCUGUGGGCUCUCAACCCGGCCAAGAUCGACAAAAUGGAGGAGGAGAUGCAGAAGUGGAAGCGUAAAGACCUGACGUCCAUCCGCCGCAGCAUGGCCAACCCCGAUGAAUUAGACAAGCUGAUCACAGAUCGACCGGAGAGCUGCAGACGGAAACCGCUGGAUUCUCAGCUUCCUCCUCCACAGCCGGUUUUAUCUCUGCAGUGUCUUACUGUUCACCAUCAGCUCCAGCUGCAGCUCCACGCUCAGCCCCGGAUAGCACCGCCAUCUCCAGCUCCUGCUCAGACUCCACCGCUCCAUCCUGUACCUGAACUCGUCAAACAACCACCACCGACACCACCACAACACCAACAUCAACCAGCAGAGAUCUUCAGUCUCCAUAAUGAGGUCCACUCCGAGGUGGACGCUCUGGACCCCAGCAUCAUGGAUUUCGCCUUGCAAGGAAACCUGUGGGACGAGAUGAAGGACGACAGCUUUAACCUGGAGACCCUGGGCUCGUUCAGUAACUCCCCCCUGCGGCUCUCUGACUGUGAUCUGGAGGGUGUGAGCACCACGCCAGUGUCCAGCGCUGCUGAAAUCCCCUUCUCAGGCCUUUACACAUCUUACAGCACAGUGGAUGGAUUCUCCAACCAGUACAUCAACACACAGGGCAGCAGCAAACCCAUUGUCCUGCAUUAAACACACACACACACCAAACAGCAAAGACCAGCUUUACUCCAAAGGACCAUCAACAAUGCAGACUGCGGGUUUUGAUUUUCUUUUUGUCUGUUUUAUUCUGUGGUUUUUAUUUCCUCAUGAUCAGAGUGAUAGUGUUUUCACCAACAUCCUUUCAUACACAAACCACCGAACCUGUGGCACAGCGACUGUUGAAGAAGAAACGUACAUAAUGUUCAAUAUAUCAGAUAAAAGUAACAUUUAUUUGGAUACAGAACUGUUAACGUGCACUUGAGUCUUACACACACACACACACACACACACACACACACACACACACACACACACACACACACACACACACACACACACACACACACACACACAUAAACAGACCUCUGUUUUCUUUUGUCUGCACCAUGUUUUAUUAAAACCUUCACUCCUUUUUGAACCAUUCCAGAGCAGGCAUGUGCAGUCAUUACACACCUUCAUACUGGUCCAUGAUAAACUGUAUCUCACAAGGGUUCAGGUCAUAGUAGGUCAUAACCUUAUUGGCAAUGUCGUAUCAAUGAUCAGCACAUAACUGUUCCUAGAAAGUCGUCUGAUCUCGAGGUUAAAGUUUGGUGCUUGGCCCCCUCAGGUGCUUGGUGUACACUCUGUAACUACUUCCUGUUGUAGUAAAAAGGAUCCGGUGUAUUUUUGUUUUGCAUGUCAGUGUGUUUUCUGUAGCUCGUGUGUCUUCUGUGGUGUAAUAGGAAGCGAAUCUCCUCUGGAAUUACUGAUCAUUAUUUAUAUUUAUAAGUGAGGAGAUGAAGAGUGGAAUAUGGAGCUAUGGAGGAAAUUGUGCUUGUACAUAAUCUGUGUGUGUCCAAAAAUGUCCUCUCACGGCGGAUUCUUCUAAAUAUUAAAGGACUUUCCCAGCAUUUUAUAAAGCAGAUCCUUAUAACAUCAUGUGCGGUGUAUUUCAGAAAUUCCCCUCACACACACACACACACACACACACACCACUGACUAAAUCAACACAAAAACAUCACGUGUGUCUGAACAUUUAUUUCAGGUGAACAUCAAUAAGUCUUUUUUUUUUACCGAUGGACAAUAAAAAAUCAGGCACUUUAGUAAAAACAUUUUCUAAACUCGAUACUUACUGUAUGUUUUCUCUCCAUCCAGAGCCGUAGUGACACACACACACACACACACACACACACACGUGUAGCUGCAGCUCUCACUACUGAUCUCAGGUAAAAACAUACAUCACACUCGAGUCUCCCUGAAAUGUUUCACCACUGAAAUGAGCUGAAAGGCAGACGCUGGCAGGAGUCUUUUCUAAAACACAUGAAAAGCUCUACACGACUCUCACAGGUUUAGUGCUUCUCA